CAUUAGCAACCCAUCGACCAUCUCCACCUGGAAUUUUUUCUUUAAUGACUUCUUCAGGGCACUUUGGAGAAAAAAAAGGUUUUGAGGUUUGUGUAUAAAAAUACUUGAGAUUUUCAGUUAUUUCCAUAUGAAAAAAAACUCUUUAGCUUUGGUUUCUUUUCAUGUCACUUGUGUUUGUGUAGUGAAGUGGGUUUGUGUUAUAUUGAUGUGAUCUCUCUCUAAUCAAAAGUUAAUUAUCAGAUAGGUUUCCUCAUGAUGCUAGUUCUGUCCCUUUCUAAGUGAUUUUACAUCGGCCAACUAGCUUGCUUCAUUGUAGUGUAUAUAUUCUGAAUCAUCUUGCUAGAAACGUGUUAUUAUGGCUAUGUCCUCUCUUUCUUAUUUGCGUAUCCCAAAAAUCAUCUUGCUGAUUGAUUUGCUUUCUGAAUCCUCUUGCUUUCCUCUUUGCGUGUUCAUUUGGGGAAUGGUCAUAAAAGUUCCAAACUCUAGAGCUCAAACUAAUAAGGUUCUUUUGUCUGUGGUUGCUUUAUUUGGUUUCUUGAUAAAAAGGCCAAAAAAAAGAGCAUCUGGUAGUUGCUAACAGCCGGUAGUUGCAGAUGCAGCAUCAUUAAGAUUCACAAGAGAUGUGCUUUCCUUUGUUUGGGCUCGUUUCGAAUGGGAAUCUUGAUGAUGCUGCAUCAGCAAAUACAUGGCUACUCUUGCCAACUUUGAUUUCCUUCUCUAAUGAAGAAAAUAAAGAUGCAUUUGCGGUAAUACAAAGGACUCGAAAACAGAAGGUAAAGUCUCUUUCUUGUUUCUGACUCUUGACAAUACAUGUUGUGAAGUAUCCUCAAGUUUGUGAUGCUUUUUUCUUGCUCCUGUUAUUAGCUAAACCAUUCACAUGUAUAGCUUUCAAAAGGAUCCCACAUAUACUAUAAAAGACCAAACAAAAUAGUGACAAUUAUAUUAGUACACAUUUAUUUAAAUAUAAGUAGACCUUGAUACAUUUCUAAGAUAAAUAUGAACAGUGAUAACUAGGCUUGGCAUUUUGAACCGAGCCAAAAUUUUGGUUAGUUCGGUGAGAAGUUUGGUUCGGUAAUUGGUUAUUUCAGUUUUUCAAAAAAGAAUAUGUUAACCAAAUUUUGAACUGAACUAAUUAAAUUAACUAAAAUUUCAAACUGAACUAACCAAAAUUAUCCAAAAUUACUUGAAUUUAAUCUAUUUUUAACCGAAUAUAAUGAAAACCAAAAAACUUUGGUAAGUUUCAAUAAAAGAUUUAAAAACGAACCUCAUUUUUUCGGUUCAAUUCGGCGAAAUUUUGUUCAAACGGAACUACCCAAACCCGCAUGCCUAGUGAGAACUCAGAAGUAAGAAGUCUCUUGUGGUUAUUGUUGUGGGAACUCACAUGGUCACAUGUGUAAGUGGUCCAUUAAGUGUUCUUUGGUCAAUUCGUUGCCUAUGGUCCCAAGUUAUAUCGUGUAUUUAUAGUUUCUUUGACCCGAUUAAGGAAAAAAAAAACAUUUUUCCACAUGGAUCAUAUGAAUCUCGAGGCAUAGUUUCCCUGCUAAAACAAAUUAGAAAAUGAAAUAAUAAAUAAUAAAAUACUUUUCAAAGUUUUCUUGAAAAUGUAUUGAUGAAUUUUAAGAGUCUACAUAAAUUAGUGGGUUUAAUCGUGAAAAUUCAAAUUUAACUUGAUGUUUGUUUUGCAUAUCUAUAAGAUAUUUCUUGAUGAUUUUUUCCUUAGCUGAAUCGAAAACCUAACUCUUAACAAUGAUUUAAUUAAUCGGACAUUUGUAAGCUUUUGAAUAAGUGAUUAACAACGAAAAAGUAUAUAAUGACGUCGAUAACAAAUAGUACUAAAAUAAGUCUCUGUGCUUGGUAAUUUUAUAUGAAGAUCUAGCACGAUAAACCAUAAUCUCGACUAGUGCCAUGUUUAGGAACAGUGGAGAAAAACGUAAUCUUUUUAAUGCCCAAGAACAAAAAUAGUCUAACAAAUAUGAUAUGUCAUAUGUGGAGUUUCGAUAUCAAUUCAAACAUAUAAUGCUCAACCACUAUCUCAUUAUCAUCUAGCCCACAUGUGAUGACUUGUAAAAUUGUCCGUUUUCUUUGUAACUCUCUUCAAUUAACGUAAUAUGAAGAUGUACAUCUAAAACUCUGCGUGCCUGAACGUACUUCAAUGUGGUUUGUCUACAAACAUGUCUCAAGAUUAUUAACUUAAAUACAAUAUUCAAUUUAAGAAAAUCAUAUUAUUAAAUAUAUGUGUAUAUACACAUAUCUUUAUACUAUUAUAAGAAGUGUCUUAAAAGCUUUGACCUAUUUCAUUCCAAGCUCUCUAUCAUUUCUUAGCUCUAUCUAUAAAUAUCACACACACGCACACACAUUCUAUAUUGAUGAACACCUAUAUAUAGAGUUAGAUCAAAAGAACCGAGAACAUCAUAUCCACUCUUGAUCCAUGGAUGAUAAGAAGUUGUGGAGAGUUUCCAAGAAAGAUUCCAUCUUCGAAACGACUCAUUUCUCUUCAAAACCCGACGUUUUUAGACGAAGCUUCUCAACAAAAACUUCUUCUUCAUCUUCAUCUUCAAAACCCAUUUUGACAAGAAGUUUCACAACAAAACCUUCUUCCUAUCCUUCCUCGGAACCCAUCUUUAGACGAAGUUUCUCUGCAAAACCCGCUCCUUCAAAAUCUCCAUUUUUGUCAAGAAGCGGUUCAAUGAAAUGCCAAGCUGACACAUCUUCCACGAAGUGUUCCAUCUCUCGGAGCUUGUCUCAUAAAGGCGCUUCAGUGACCCGAAAAUGUCGUGAUGUGGCCAAGGAGCACAAGUCCCGGUUCUACAUCAUAAAACGCUGCGUUUUGAUGCUCGUUUGUUGGCACAAACACGCUUAGAUUCACUAUAGACGUGAAGAAAGAAGAUUAGGUUAAUUAUUUGCAGUGAAUUUACUCGUUUUUUUCUUUUCACCUAUCCAUUAUUAUUAUUUUAUAUAUUUUGUUUUAAUGAUACAUUCCAUCUGUUUCAAGUUAAAUGUAAUUUGUUUUCUACUUCUAAACAAUGUUGUUAUAUUUUCAGUAAAUUUAAAGAAAGUCCAAGUUUUACUAUGGUACUACACAAAUAGGUAAAAUUAGA